AUCCUCCUCCCCUCGCGUCGCGUGGCCAACCAACCCGAUCCCGCGGCGAUGCCGGGCGGGCAGGCGCACGCGCACGAGGGGGACGGCGGCGGGAGCCAGUCGAACCACCGGCGGUCGCGCUCGCCGCCUCCGCCGGCGCUCCCCGUGGAGGUGGUGCCGGCGUUCCCGCCGCCGGAGUCGGAGGACGAGGAGUCCUGGGUGUGGAGCCAGAUCAAGGCCGAGGCGCGCCGCGACGCCGACGCGGAGCCGGCGCUGGCGUCGUUCCUCUACGCCACCGUGCUCUCCCACCCGUCCCUCCCGCGCUCCCUCUCCUUCCACCUCGCCAACAAGCUCUGCUCCUCGACGCUGCUCUCCACGCUCCUCUACGACCUCUUCCUCGCAUCCUUCACCGCGCACCCCUCCCUCCGCGCCGCCGUCGUCGCCGACCUCCUCGCCGCGCGCUCCCGCGACCCGGCCUGCGUCGGCUUCUCCCAGUGCCUACUCAACUUCAAGGGGUUCCUCGCCAUCCAGGCGCACCGCGUGUCGCACGUCCUCUGGGCGCAGCAGCGCCGCCCCCUCGCGCUCGCGCUCCAGUCCCGCGUCGCCGACGUCUUCGCCGUCGACAUCCACCCCGCCGCUUCCAUCGGCAAGGGCAUCCUCCUCGACCACGCCACCGGUGUCGUCAUUGGCGAGACCGCCGUUGUGGGGGACAGCGUCUCCAUUCUCCACCACGUCACCUUGGGAGGGACUGGGAAAGCUGUCGGCGACCGGCACCCCAAGAUUGGGGAUGGGGUUCUGAUUGGUGCUGGAGCGACGAUUCUAGGCAACGUGAAGAUUGGAGCCGGGGCUAAGAUUGGUGCCGGGUCGGUGGUGCUGAUAGAUGUUCCGGCAAGGAACACGGCGGUGGGGAAUCCAGCUAGGCUGAUCGGCCGGAGGCGGGGUGAGGCUGAGAGGGAUGAGGACAUGCCAGGGGAGUCCAUGGAUCACACAUCCUUUAUCGGGCAAUGGUCAGACUACAUUAUCUAAGGGCGACUAGCCGAGGUCUAUUUCCCUUCCUCUGUAUAAUCUGUGGUGUUGAUAUACCAAAAACUGAUGUACUUGAUGUGUUUUUCUAAUCUUUACUAUAGUGUGUAUCAUCACUUCAUCAGCUGUUUCGUUAGUCUAGUGCCAUGCUCAUGUACUGAUUACUGAUGAUUGAUGAGCCAAAUAAAGUUGUUUAUCUCCUGAUUUUACCAUUUUCUAGAUGAAUCAAGCUUCAAGGACACACUAGAAUGAGAUUUUAACUUUUUAAUGUGUAAAGAUGUUAUUUGAUGUUUCUGCCAUUUUAUGUGAUACAACUCUAGGACAUAUAUCAGUGUGCCACAAUUCAUAAUCUGAACGUGUGGAGUUGUUAUC